GAAACUGGCAGAGGGAAACGAAGGGUAAAAAAAAAGAUCCAAAAGAAUAUGCAAGCGAAUUCAGUGAUGAUUGCAGAAUGACGCCACCUCCUUCAGUGUCCAGUACAUUUGAUCAGUUAGAAGAUCGGUCGAGCCAAGUUGCUCAGACCUCAGUUGAAAAUACUGCGGAAAUCAGUGCUGAGAGAGAUAAUAUUUUACAGGCCUCCAAUAACUAUCAAGAAAAUCGGAUGGCCCAGUCAAAAAGCGACAAUAUCAUGGCCUCAGGCAGCAAUGAAUCAAGGACCGGAAAUAUGAUGAUUGAUGAAAUGCUUGAAGUCGCAGGGAAUGCAUCUCCAGUUCUGAUACAAAAUAAUUUUUUGGCACGAAACGUACUAUUCGAAGAUCUCCCAUCAGAUAGCGAAAAUAUUAUAAAAAUAUUGGAAAAUACUAUCCAUAUUAAGACACUAUUGCAGCAGCAAAAUGAAUUUCUUGCACAAUAGAAAAAUAAAAUAAUACCGAACAAUGAACUGUCAAGAUUGCUCACUGUCGGUGGCGAUCCAAAUAAUAAUGUUACUAUUAUUCCCAAAAAACCAU